AUGCGAACCUUCUGGCAGCCGGUUGAUGUUAUGGCUCUGAUGCAAAAGGCCCUGGAUUCUGGACUUCCUGAUCCAACAAAUGCAAUGCACGAUAUCUGGUUGGAGUUCAUUGUGGAUCAAAAUAUGCUCUGGGAAUUCAAUGGAAGCUCGACGAUAACUAUUCGAUAUGUGGCCUCGGUGGUGAAUCUGGUCAACUUGCAUUUCCGAGAUCUGCCAGUUCGAAUCCACCUGCUUCGAACACAAAUUUGGAACCUCGGCAAUCGAGCGCCAAUCGAGAGUAGUAUCAAAGCCACUCUGAACAGUAUUCAACGCUAUCGUGCCGAUCAAGCCUCUAGUGUACACUUAAAUAUGAAUAGAAGAUACCGACGAGAUUUGGAUUCCGAUUUGGAAGACAAUGAGUUUCAAGAACCGCCUCAAGCCGUCUACAAGCAGCCUGGAUCAAGAAAAGCUGACAUCACCAUGCUCCUGACGGACGCUGAAAAGAUGGAAUUUGUUGAAGGGGUGGAUCACUUAGCUGUUCCCGGAUCAAUUUGUACGCCCAGAGCUACUGCUGUGGUUAGGGUAAGUUCUAAUUAA